UGGAACUUCAAUUCAUAAUUCAUAUUCACGCGAUUAAUCCAACCCGUGUCUCAACACAGUUGUAAGUUUAGGAUGUAUACAUGUAUGUUGUUCCCGAAUAACUACUUGAGUACAUAAUGAUUGGAUGAUAAUACUUUAGGUAUCGAAACACCAUGCGUUGUGCCUUUGUCUGGCCUGUUGCAAUCCGCUGGUGGUCGACUCGAGAUCACCCUUGGUAUUCACAAGCUAAUGGACACGAGUAGCUCAAUAAUGAACAAUCGAUUUAGUAAUUUUUACUGAACCAGGUAUGAACACCAAUCAGUUUAACUUUUAACAAUUGUUACCUUGUCUCCUACCUAGGUAAUAAUAUAUGUAUGCAUCAUGCAUGCAACGGGGAAAUUCUAUACCUCACUCAUACCUCAGUAGAGCUGUAGUAGAGUCGUAGCUAAGAGUUGUCUUGCGCCCUUUGCAACGUCAUAUGUACGCCCUACCUAUCAUAUCCUUAGAAAUUCUUCCGGAUCCAAUAUCUCGACUUAUAGCAUUUGUAAUCUACGUACGUCGCCUUAACAUAUAAAGCUUCAAUGCCAGAUAUAAAUGAUAACCUCUUAAACCAAACACUAUUCUACUCAUUAUAAUAGCUAUUUGUUGGUGCUAUCAAAUCGAACUCAUCCCGACCAAUCUCCACCAAUAGCAAUUCGUUGCCAUCGAAUCAGGACCUUCCAUCAUGGCGGAUAUUAAGCCUUAUACUAUUGCAAUUGAUGAAGAGCGUUUAAAUGACUUAAAAACGCGACUGUCUCUCGCCAAAUUUCCAGACGAACUUGAUGAGGCGGGGUGGGAUAUGGGAUCUCCUCUUGCUGAUGUCAAGAGGCUUGUGAAAUAUUGGCAAGAGUCAUACGACUGGAGAAAGGCAGAAGAGGAGCUUAACAGCGUGCCACAUUUUGUUACAGACAUCCAGUGUGAUGGGUUCGAGCCUCUAGCAAUCCACUUCAUACACGUCCGUAGCAAGGUAAAAGGUGCAAUCCCCUUGUUGUUCAUGCACGGUUGGCCAGGCCACUUCCAAGAGGUCUUAAAGAUAUUGAAACCCCUGACUGAAGAUGGAGAUGGUGUUAACUACCCCGCGUUCGACAUCGUCGCGCCGUCGUUGCCCAAUUUUGGCUUCUCUGAGGGUCCGAAGAAGCGGGGUUUCGCUUCGGAGCAAUAUGCCGAGACUAUGAACAAGCUCAUGCUAAAGUUGGGAUAUAAAGAAUAUGUCACGCAGGGAGGCGACUGGGGGUGUCACAUCAGUAGGGCUCUCGCACAUCUAUACCCGCAAUACUGUAAAGCGACGCAUCUGAAUUUCAACUCUGCAAAUCCCCCGAGCUACUUCACGAACCCGAUUCUUGCUCUCCAGCACGCAAUCUUACCCUAUAGCCCACGAGAACAGCGCGGCGUAGGUCGUACCAAAUGGUUCGACGAACAAGGCCGGGGGUACAACUUGGAGCAAUGCACCAAACCGCAGACCCUCGGCUACGCGUUAGCAGAUAGCCCAGUAGCAUUACUGGCGUGGAUCUAUGAGAAGCUUCACGACUGGACGGAUUCGUAUCCCUGGACAGAGGAGGAAGUCUGUACUUGGAUCAGCAUCUACUGGUUCAGCACGGCGGGUCCCGCCGCCAGCGUCAGGAUCUACUACGAGGUGACGCAGAAUGUUGACGGCAGGAAGAACAAGCUAGACCACCAGAGCCUGAGGGCGUGGUCUCCGGGUGUAAAGCUUGGUUUCAGCCAUUUCCCCAUGGAUAUACAAGUACAACCAAGCACGUGGGUGCGUACGCUGGGUAAUGUGGUUUUCGAAAAGGAGCAUGAAAGUGGCGGCCACUUCGCCACCUGGGAGCGGCCGGAUUGUAUUAUCACUGAUGUAAGAGAGAUGUUUGGGAAAGGGGGUGGCGCCUUCGGUGUCGUAAAGGAUGCCACGGGAUACGCUUCGUGAUCCGCUAGCUUAGAUAAAGGCGUUAGGCGCUCUUUUUCGUGACCAAAGUUGAUAUAUAACGAUGAUAGGGAUAUUUAACACUCUAACACAGCGAAAUAUAUGGUCAAUUUCAGAUUAG